AUGGCAGGAGAUCCAUUUCUUUCAGAUCCUUCCAAGAAGAGGAAGAGAAGACAGGAUAACAGGUCCAGUACUACUAAGAAUAUACCCAAUAGAAGUAAUAGGGAUCAAAGAAAACCCCGAGAAUCUCGAGACGAAGAAAUAGAAGAUGAAGAAAUAUCAAGUGAGACAGAAGAUGAAAAUAUAAUGAGUGAUGAUAAUAAUGAAAUGGAAUCUGAUGAAGAAUUUGAAGGUGAAAACGCUGCUGACAAAAGAAGAAGGUUAGCUAAGCAAUAUCUUGAAAAUUUAAGAACAGAAGAAUUGGAUGAAUUUGAUGCCAAAGAUUUGGAUAAUGAUAAUAUUGGUAGAAGAUUACAAAAAGAUGUUGCUGAAUCCAAAGGUCAUAUUUAUAAAUUAUAUGGCGAUAAAUUAUCAGCUCAAAUCGAAGAACUCAAAACGAAAGUCACCAGAAUUGGAUGUAAAAAUUUAACUUGUUUAUCAAUCAAAUAUCCUUAUUUAUAUACGGUAUCGAAAGAUAUGGAAUUGAUUAAAUGGGAUAUACUGGAUAAGAUACAAAGAGUUAAACACACUAAAGGAGGAGCCAAAUACUUCAACUUGAAUAAUAAUCCUCAAAAGAAUCAUCAUUAUGAUACUAUUUUAUGUGUAGCAGCUUCAGGUGAUGGGAAAUAUGUCGUUACUGGAGGUAAAGAUGGAAGAUUAAUAAUAUGGUCCAGUGAAAGUUUAACUUGUUUGAAAGUAUUAGAAGCAAGAUCCCCCAUCAAUUCCAUUACUUUCCGUAGAAAUACUGAUCAAUUAUACGCUGCUUGUGAAGAUUUGAAAGUGAGAACAUAUUCCAUCAAUCAAUUCAGUCAAUUAGAAAUCUUGUAUGGACAUCAAGACAAUAUUGUAGAUAUAUCAGCAUUAAGUAGAGAAACUUGUGUUAGUGUUGGUUCAAGAGAUAAGACAGCAUUAUUUUGGAAAAUAGCUGAUGAAUCAAGAUUAACUUUUAGAGGUGGUGAUAAAAAAGAUACUAAAUAUGGUGAAGGAUCAUUAGAUUGUGUUUCAAUGGUUGAUGAAUCUCAUUUUGUGACCGGUUCAGAUAACGGGAAUGUCAGUUUAUGGUCAUUAGCUAAGAAGAAACCUUUAUACAUUGAUAGAUUAGCUCAUGGUUUAGAACCUACUUUAACUGUUACUGAAGCUUCAGGAGAUUUAAAAUCAGGAGAAAUUGAAAUCCCUGAACCUCAACCAUUCUGGGUUACUUCGAUUUAUGCUAUCCCAUUCACCGACAUUUUCGUGUCCGGUUCAUAUAAUGGAGAAUUGAAUUUUUAUAAAAUAGAUAAUGAAGGAUUCAGAAGUUUCAAGAAAAUCGGUUCUUUACCAGUAAAUGGAGUAAUUGUAUCAAUAGAAUGUGUUGAAGUAGAUAAAACCAUCAAAGGGUUUGCUUUAGUAAGUAAAGAACAUAAAUUAGGUAGAUGGUUGAAAGUUGGUGGUAGAAAUUCAUUAAUUUCCUUUGCAUUUGAUAUAUAA